UUUUUAUACCUGAAGCGAAAAAUACAUGUGUGCAUCACUGAGAGAGACCAUACCUACCGUAGAGGAUAGGUUCAGACUUCAGAGCGAGAGAGAGAGAGAGCAACCACACCUACCUUGGAGCUUAUAUCCAGAAUUUGGAGAGAAGGACUAGACCGAGCGACCAGAGAGUGUGAGGUGUUCCCAUUAUAGAUGUAUAGAGACAAAGCAAGAUUUAUUCCUGUCGUAAACGUUGUAUGAAAGCAGAGGAGAGCCUUAGAGAGUAGAAAUUCGAGCGAAGUCUGGAGAGAGAGAGAGGAGUGAAUCUUGUGAGUUUGAGACACAGAGAGAGAUAUGAAGAUUGAAAAGCAGAGCUCGAGGCUAGUAACCCCAUCCUAUGAAACCAAACCCCUUACACCUUCAACCUGCACCACCAUCACCUUAAGUCCCUUUGACCGAGCAGCCGGCAGUGACCACGUCCCCAUAAUUUUUGCCUACAAAGCUCCGACACCCCCUAACUCGGCCAUUGAUCAUGGCCUUCGCCUCGUGCUUUCCGACUAUCGCGUGUGGGCUGGCCGCCUCAUAGAAGAUAAAAGAGCCGUUGUCCUCAAUGACAAAGGUGUGCGAUUCGUGGAGGCCACGGCUUCAUGCACAUUAGAUGAGGUUCCUUGCUGCCUGGGGGCAAGCCAAGCCACUCGUGGCUUAUUGCACUACCCGGUACCAAUACACGACCGAGCCAUGCUCGAGCCACGCGAUCUACUCUCCAUCGAGUUCGACCACCUGGGCAACGAAUACAUGGAGAAGAGGCUCGUAAGGGAGUUUUCAUGGGAGGGAAUAGUGAACCGGCUUAGAAUGCAAAAAUUCCAUUCCUCACCCCACUUUUUAGCCAAGCUCAAGGCCCGGCCAUCGGUGCGUUGUCCAAGCGGUGGUGGCUAUAGCACGUACGAGAGCGUCGUCUCUCACGUUUGGCAAAAGGUGACGCGGGCAAGGGGCGCUAGCGUGGGCGAGGAGGAGAUAAGCCAGGUGGGCAUCUCCGUCAACUUGCGCACCCGCCUAGUGCCUCCGAUUCCCCGUGAAUACUUUGGCAAUAUGGUUUUGUGGGCUUUUCCUCGAACCACGGUGCACGAGUUAUUGAGCCAGUCACUAGACCGCGUGGCUGAGUUGGUGCACGCGGCGAUUGCGCAAGUGAAUAACAGAUACGCUAGGUCGUUUGCGGACUUUGACUCUCUUGUGGAGAGAGAGGGGCGUUGGGGUGAGUUGGUCCCCACGGGCGAGAUGGAGUCGGAGGUGUUUUGCCCUAAUUUGGAGGCCUCUAGCUGGCUAUGGUUGCCGUUUGAUGAAAUGGAUUUUGGGAGUGGAGGGCCAGAUGUCUUCAUGCCCUCUUUCAUUCCUUAUGAUGGGGAUGUGGUCACUGCGUCACAGAUGAAAGGGAAGGGGGGAAUAGAUGUGUUUGUCUGUCUAUUCGAGGCCAUCAUGGCCGUGUUUCAGGACAUCUGGCACGCCAUAGACGAGAUCACUAGAGUAGGGUCUCUCUCUGCAGUAGGGUCUCCCUCUCUGAUCAAAUGA